AUGGGGCCCACGGGGAUGCUUGGGGAAGAUGGCAUCCACGUCGACAUGAAUCACCUCAAAUCCGGCGAAGUCAACCUGGGCACAUCGAUCAUGGCGAUUAACUUCCAAGACGGCGUGAUACUGGGCGCGGACAGCAGAACAACGACGGGAGCAUACAUCGCAAAUCGAGUGACGGACAAGCUCACACAGGUGCACGACACCAUCUGGUGCUGUCGGUCGGGGUCGGCGGCGGACACGCAGGCGGUGGCGGACAUUGUGCAGUACCACCUGGGCAUGUACGGCAUCACCAACGACGAGCCGCCCACCACGCAGACGGCGGCGGCCAUCUUUCAAGAGCUGUGCUACGAUAACAAGGACCAGCUGAGUGCGGGCAUCAUCAUUGCAGGAUGGGAUCACCGGCACGGCGGGCAGGUGUACGCCAUCCCGCUCGGAGGCUCGCUGCACAAACAAGCCUACUCGAUUGGCGGGUCCGGGUCGACAUACAUCUACGGCUACUGCGAUGCGAAUUGGCGCGAGGGGAUGACGGAGGCGGAGGGGAUUGCGUUUGUCAAGGGCGCGCUGCAAGAGGCGAUCAAGUGGGAUGGCAGCUCGGGGGGCGUGAUCCGGAUGGUGGUGUUGACGGCCAAGGGCGCGGUCAGACAUCUCUACCUGCCCGAUCGCAACUACGAGGGCCCGGGGACGGACAAGCCAUAG